AUGUCAACGGGCUCUUCACCGACGCUUUCGACUCCACCGGCAAAAAGAAAGAGAGGUAGACCGCCCAAGGCCACGUCUUUGACAAAUCAAAUCACCACUAGAUUGAAUAUCAAUAUAAACACGUCUCCACUCACUUCUAGUCCCACUGCAGAGUCCAAUUCUAAUUUAAUAGUUAAACAGGGUGCCCCAGACUGCUUCACACCUUUAAUGAGAGUGUCACCGAAUUCUAGAAGAAAGAAAAGAAAGUCUUCUAACUCUAGCCUUUCAGAUUUGCUGACGCCUUCCAAGAGAUCUAAGAAUCCUAAUAUGUUGGUAACACCAAUGUCUUCUGCUGUUAUGGGGACCGGUUUUACACCUCAUCAGAUUAAUUCAAGAACUUUGGAUAACCUUUCUUUGAUCACUCAGUCCGAUAGUGGAAUCUAUCAAACUCCUCCAUCAUCAACUGUCAAAGAGAGCGGUCCUACUUAUUUGGGAUAUUUGAAUACGCCUUCCACAAGUAACCCUCUGGUUAAGGGUUCUGGUAGGCAUAAUAUUAUAAUCGACCCUUCAUUCUUGGCAUCUGAAGAGCUGCCAAAAUCUGAGGUGCAAAAGAAGUUGAAUGCUAACAUGCAAAUGGGAAUUUAUGAAAAGAGUUGUGAUAGAAAUCUUUUACCGCCCGUACCCAUAAUUUCAUCAACUCUUACCUCUUCCAAAAAACAAACAGGAUUUGAAAAUGCACCCUCUACACAUAUUAGUAACGAGAAGCCUUUCCAAAGGAAGCCUUUGAAAGAUGACUCAAGUAAGGAUUUUUCGCUACAACUAAUGGUCGAUGAACUGGGAAAGGCCGUAUUAUCUUCGAAGCUUAAUCAUACCUCUUCCAACUCCUCAACACUAGAGCAAACCAUACUGUCUGCGAAGGGAAUUAGUCAAACUACUGAACAGCGGGAUGUUAAGCUACCUGAACAGCAACGACCAAUUAUGCCUCAUGCGCACUCUGUCGUGGGCAUCGAAGGCAGGUAUUACGACGCGAAAAGACUUGAGUUUAAUCAAGAUAAUUUAGUUGAUGUCGCUUAUAUGUCACCACAACAGAGCACAAGCUUGCAUUCUACAUCGAGAAGGAAUAAAUCUGAAACGUCAGGCCCAGUAAGCCAACCAAAUUUGAUGUCAGGUCAGGAAACUAAUGAAAGUUCUCAUUCGGAGAAGUCUCUUCAAUAUCCACAGACUCCAGUAUGUAAGGAGAAUUACAUGUAUUCUUCGACUGGAUUAACACCCGGUAAUAGUUUGGCAUUCAACUUAACACCUCAAUUCAAUUCUUUAAUGUAUUCAAUGAUGAAUAUCAACUCGCCUCAGACAAAAAAGCCAAUUAAUAACAAUCAAUUUCUUUUGAAUCAAGAAUUCUUCGUGAAUGAUAAUCAGCUUCAAAAUCAACAAUCUCCAUUCGAACAUCAUAAUACCAUAAAUAUGACUGACUUGAUGACUAUUGGAGAAUCCUCGGGAUCGUUUGGAAAGUUACAAAAGCCUGUAGAUCAUCAUUCCGAUUUCGCUGUGGUUUCAUCGUCGUCUAGUUCAGUAAAUAAUGAAGAUUCUGGUGACGCUAGAUCUGCCUUGAAAAAGAUUAUUCAUGUCAAAAGAAAGUAA